AUGAGAAGCGAGAAUGGAUUCACUCUGCUGGCCUGUUCUCGAAUGGGGAUCCGUGUGACAGAGCUACAUUUCCACAGAGAAUUCGUCGACGUGGCGCAUACUGAUAUUGCCUACGAAGGUGAAUGCUAUUUUCUCUACACUGACCCCUGGCGAGAAGGAGAUGUCAUCUACUGCUUUGAAAGCGAGCCGAUACAGGAUUCCCAAGACGACCGUAGUUUCAAUGGGAAUCUAUUCGCAAUUGAUUUAGCACGCAAAGAGAUUCGCACUGUACCGCCCAAGUUCCCAUUUGCACCAGCGAUGAGCAGAGAUAAAGGAAUCGUACAUGUGAUGGGAGUAUUCCACAGACCAGGUCAUCUGUGGGUGAUCAGCCAGAAUACCAAGCAGAUAGCUACUUUAAGCGUCUGGAGGCUUGACGAUGACGGCUGGCACGAGAUUACCACUGUGGACAACCACGAGUACGAGGUCACGAUGGAUGUGUGUGCCGAUGGCAGUGCUAUGGUAGUGCUCGAGGACGAGGUCAAUGGUAGUCCCAUAAUGCGAAAUAUUCGAUGCCGGGGAGUUCCAAGUCUGUAUUCAUUGGCGCGUACCAGCACUCUCAAACAUCUUCCCGGAACUUCGAUGCGACUCAUAUUUCACUCCAGUUGUUUUCACAGCGAUUGUUCAAAUAACAAACCAUAA